GAUGUCCGCCAUCUUAUCGCUCCCUCCUCCCCCGGUGCGGUUGGAUUGAAUGAGCCCGCUGCCCGCCUGCCCGCGAACUGAGCGCCAUGUCAGGCACCCCGAGCCGCGGCACCCCCGGCGGGACCCCGCUGUCGCCGACUCGCAUCUCCCGCAUGCAGGAGAAGGAGGAGCUGCGGCAGCUCAAUGACCGCCUGGCCGUUUAUAUCGACCGUGUGCGCGCGCUGGAGCUGGAGAAUGACCGUUUGCUGCUGAAGAUCUCCGAGAAGGAGGAGGUCACUACCCGUGAGGUGAGUGGAAUCAAGAGUCUCUAUGAGUCUGAACUGGCUGAUGCUCGAAGAGUUCUGGAUGAAACAGCCAGAGAGAGGGCAAGACUACAGAUUGAAAUCGGGAAACUGAGAGCGGAACUUGAGGAGUUCAAUAAAAGCUACAAGAAGAAAGAUGCAGAUUUGUCUGUGGCUCAGGGUCGCAUUAAGGAUCUUGAAGUGCUGUUCCACAGAAGCGAGGCAGAACUCAAUACUGUCCUGAAUGAGAAACGCAGUCUGGAAGCAGAGGUGGCUGAUCUGCGCGCCCAGCUGGCUAAGGCUGAAGAUGGUCAUGCUGUGGCUAAGAAGCAGUUGGAGAAAGAGACGCUCAUGCGUGUGGACCUGGAGAACCGGUGCCAGAGUUUGCAAGAGGAUCUGGAUUUCAGGAAGAAUGUGUUUGAGGAGGAAAUAAGGGAAACGAGAAAACGACAUGAACAUCGUUUGGUCGAGGUGGACACUAGUCGCCAACAGGAGUAUGAAUCCAAAAUGAGUCAGGCCCUGGAGGAUCUGCGAAAUCAACAUGAUGAACAAGUCAGACUGUACAAAAUGGAACUUGAGCAGACCUAUCAGGCUAAGCUGGAGAAUGCCAAACUGUCCUCUGACCAAAAUGAUAAAGCUGCUGGUGCAGCUCGAGAGGAGUUGAAGGAGGCUCGCAUGAGAAUAGAAGCUCUCAGCUACCAGCUUUCGGGGCUUCAGAAACAGGCUAGCGCAGCAGAGGAUCGCAUUCAUGAAUUGGAGGAAAUGAUGGCUGGAGAGCGGGAAAAGUUUAGGAAGAUGCUAGAUGCAAAGGAGAGGGAAAUGACAGAAAUGCGGGACCAGAUGCAGCAGCAGCUUACAGAGUACCAGGAACUGCUUGAUGUUAAGUUAGCACUGGACAUGGAGAUCAGUGCUUACCGAAAACUCCUGGAAGGAGAAGAGGAAAGGUUGAAGCUCUCGCCAAGCCCCUCCUCCCGUGUUACAGUCUCUCGGGCUACCUCCAGCAGCAGCAGCAGCAGCACUUCGCUUGUUCGCUCUUCCCGAGGCAAGAGAAAACGUAUUGAAGCAGAGGAGCUUUCAGGCAGCGGAACAAGUGGAAUUGGCACCGGAAGUAUUAGUGGCAGCAGUAGCAGUAGCUUCCAAAUGUCCCAGCAAGCUUCAGCUACAGGAAGUAUCAGCAUAGAAGAGAUAGACCUGGAGGGCAAAUACGUUCAGCUGAAGAACAACUCGGAGAAGGAUCAGUCUUUGGGUAACUGGAGACUGAAAAGACAAAUUGGAGAUGGAGAAGAAAUUGCUUACAAAUUUACUCCUAAGUAUGUCCUCAGAGCUGGGCAGACCGUAACAAUUUGGGGUGCAGAUGCAGGUGUAGCUCAUAGCCCGCCUUCUGUUCUCGUGUGGAAGAAUCAAGGCAGCUGGGGCACUGGAGGAAAUAUCCGCACAUACCUCGUAAACUCUGAAGGAGAGGAAGUUGCAGUGAGAAGCGUUACUAAAUCAGUAGUCGUGCGGGAGAAUGAAGAGGAAGAGGAUGAAGCAGAGUUUGGAGAGGAAGACCUUUUCAACCAACAGGGGGAUCCCAGAACAACCUCUAGAGGAUGCUCACUGAUGUGAAGAAAGAAAAAGAAACUAUUAUUUGCUAAUUUUUCUCAUUUAUUUCCUUUUAUUUUUGCUAUUUUUUCCCCUCCAGAGCCACUGAAAACUAUUUUUAUAUGCAUCAUCUGAUUUCUUUGAAGUUUACUCCUUGGUACAUUUUUAUAAAAAACUCCAAAAAACCCUUUACUGAGCAAAACUGCUAGAAUUUUUAAUAGAUUUCUUUAUUUUUCCCUCUUCGUUGAAACACUAUAUUGGAAUACAACAUUUUUCCCUAUAAAGAGUUUAAGUCUUAUGUACAAACCUGCAGCAGAAAAGAAAUUUUUAGCUAAAACGGGAUGAGACUCCUUGAGUGUAUGGUAAAUCUAGAAUUGCAUCUAUAACCAUUAAGAAUUAAGAAGGCAUGUUGAUCUGCAGGGCCAUGGGAGAAAUCCACAGUAGUUUCCUCCCUACUACAGGAACUGGUGGUAUCUUGCCUGGUAUCCUCAGCAGUGCCCAGCUUAGGAAAAUUAGACCCCUGAGUUCAUUAAAAACACUGCUCCAUCAAUGGAAGCGACUGAGGGAAGCUGCAUUUCAGCCAUUGUCCUGCUCCAGGGUUUGACAGUGGUAAAAAUGUCUGAGUCUGUCAACACCUUAGCUCCAUAUCAUUACUUCAGAAAAUGGAGAAUGACGGGUUCAGCUUACUGACUAUAUAUGCCAUCGUAAGGUAUGGAAAUGUCAAAACCAGUGUUAACUGGUUGAUUUUUUUUUCCAAGGGAUUUUGACAUCAUCACAAAUGAAACUGUGUUAAAUCAUGGACGUGAGUUGUGAUGUACAUUACAGAUUGUUAUGCAUCAUGAUUUAAUGCUUUUUACAUGUUCAGCAUUAAACAGAAUGAGAUUUUAGAUGUUUAAAAUAUUUUUACUUCUGGCAGUGAUAAAUAUUGGGGAUUUUAAAGGUUAUCCUGUGUAAAUGUUGACUUUUUAAAUCACAGCGAGAUUCAACUUGUUCAUACUUCUCUUAUAUUCAAAGGGGCAUUGUCAGAUAUCUUAAGGAGCAGUAUUUGCAAAAUAGUACAGAUUUUUUUAAAAGUUAAAAGAAACUGCUGUUGUUUAGGACAUAAGCACUGCUUUGCAGCGUUCAAACGCUCAAAGUCUAACAGUGAGUGGAGGGAGAAUAAUGCUUUUUAUAGAAAAUGCUUUGUAUGAGCAGCAGGUGAUUUUUAUUUCAUUUUAGAUCUGACACUGUCCCUUUAGCUUAAGGUUUCUUGUGCUGCAUUUCUGUGGAGGUAACUGACUCCCACGAGGGUGAAUAUUCACAUAGUGGUGCUCCUUCAAGCACUAGGAGAAACACUUGUCUGCUUGGAAGAAUGUAUUGGCUACUGUACAAGCCAAAUGUGCUUUCCACUAGUUAUUAGCUUGGAUACAAAAUUUGGAUACCAUUUGAUGCCAGCAUAGAAUCCUGUAUUUACCUGCACUCUUGAAGUCUGAUCUUGUCAUUCAAAUAGUUUAGGCUCAUCAAACAAGCUACAAGGUUUGGAUGUUUUCGGUGGCUUUUGGACAUUAUGUUCUCUGAACUAUUGUGACUGACAGAUAUAACCUAGGAAGUCAGUUUAGUGGCUUUGACUGAUGGCUUUGUAAUGCAAGCAGGGUGGGAGCAAAAAGGUUUUUUUUAAGCUUAUGGAUUUGUUCUGCCAUAUAAAAAUAAAGAAAAGAUGCUACUUUUCUCUAUUUGAGUGGGAUGACUGAAUUACUGAAGUUAAAUGAAUAGAUAUUUAGAAUAUGUUUUAAUCCAUUAUCAGAAGAUUCAUGACGGAAAAAAAUUAUGAAGACUUGGCUGUUUGGGUUGAUGGGAUAACUUCACUGAUGUACUUGGCCAUUUUUCUAAUGCGAUUUUCCCACUCUGCUUGAGUAGAAGGUUAAAUAUGUAGUAAAUCAUGUCUAUCUCUCUGUAAAAUGUAUCUAGUGAAAUUUUGUUUCUCAGACAUACUGUUACUAAUUACCUUUUCUAAAUUUGUUGUUCUGCAAAUGAAUGCAAUCAAUGUAAAAGUAUUUUUGCAAUGCACCUUCCAACCACUGGACAGCAUUUCCCUUUCUGACCCACAGCUUCUAUAAAAUACUUAUAUAAUGUGUGAAGGCUUUUUUUUUUUUUUUUUUGCUUUUUUUCCCUAAAGAACUGUAUUUAUUGUUUGGUUUUUUUUUUUUACAUUGGCCAGUUUUAGGUUGCUUAUUCUUCUUUAAGAUUGUUCUGUGAUCUUGAAUACUAAAGCAGUAAGCAUGUAGUCCAUUUGCAUUUUUUCUGUGAAUUUUUUUUCCUUUAAAGAAUGGGCUAGGAAAGGCAGCUUGAACAAGGAAAAUCCUCUUGCUACCUGAGCCAUAGUUUUCUUACCAGCUACUGUAUGAGCAAUGUGUCUUCUUGUAGCCUUAAGGACUGGUGCUUGCAGAUCUUUCGUGACGAGCACUGUGCCCUCAGUAACAGUCUGUGGAAUUUGUCCUUAGAUUUGGAACUGUGUCCUUUAACUUUGGAAAGGGUCUAUUUUAUUCUUCAGUAACACAUUUGGGUGUAUCCAGCUCUUCAUGUAACACAGGGAAUGACACUGGGAAAAGCUGAAUGCCAGCAGUCUAACUGCGGGUGAUUCUGUCACCACAGUGCUUUCUAAAAGGCUACUAAAAAUAUGACAAAUAAUUCCUAGCUGUAAAUUACAAGACAGAGAAAAACUACUGUAUUCCAUUUACUUUCUUUUUUGUGCAUGCGUCUUCCCUGGACACUAUCCUUUCGUCUUGCUUUUGAUGCUGAGCCACAUUAUAAUAGCACUGUCGCUUUACGGUUGGUGCUCCAUACUGGGACCUUUUUUGGCUUUACCAAACCAAAAAGCACUGUUUCCUUUUUUCCUGUCUUUAAGGGAUUUUUAUUUUGUAAUUUUCAGGAUAAUUAAAGCUUUUUUGUAGAAAUAAAAUCCAGUGUCCCCUUGCCCUCUUUUCCCAUUUGAUCCUGUAUGUGAGACACUCUUGAAGAAGUUGGAGGGUAGUCAGCACUUCCACUCCAGUGUCUGGUAUUAGGUGUAGAGCCUGAAGGAGAAAUAGAUUUGAUUUGUCAGGAAACAAACUAAGCCAAUCUUUUCACUGUGUAGAUCAUAACAGAAUAUCAUAUAAAAUACGAUAAACACAUACUUCCUACUCCUAAGUUCAUGCCAUGUGGAACUGCUUGUAUCAGAACAAGUCCAUCCAUCUGCAGAACCGUCAGUACCGCAGCAUCCUGCGGAGUGAGGUAUGGUUACAGAGAGCCUCUGACGUUUCAUGCUGCUUCUUCCUCCCUUGAUUCUGUACUUGUUCCUUUAGCUGUUGUGUUGCAGUGACUUAUUCCAGGUAAUAGAGUGGGUAUUGAUUCCUUUGUUGCUGCACAGCUUUAUUUCCCAGUGUGUGCAGUUAGGCUAGUUCAGGACUCUAGAUUUGCCCUGACAAAAAAUAUAGUUUACACUGAUGCAUCGAUCACUCGUCUUCAGCACCAUUUUGCCAUCAGGUGGGAGCUGGCUGGCACAAUCUGUGUUUGUAUCAGGAACCAGAAGUCUCAGGAAGAAAAUAAAGAUCUGCUUCCCGUGACCUGUAAUGUAAAAGCCAGAUGAGCUUGUUUGCAGCUUGCAUUAGUUGUGAAAAUUGUAUUGCAGCGCGGAGCAGACCGUACUGUGAAAGGAGAGCACUUAACGUGCGUGUUUAUCCUUGAGCAACGGGACACCUCAUGUUCAGUUCAGGGAUCCUACUGUUUUUAUAUACCCUUUUUUCUUUUUUAAUGCUUCUCCUGUAUAAAUGCCCUGUAAGUAAAUCCUGAAUGGGGUGAGUUAGCAGAGGCUGAUAGAAAUCCUCGCUACACCCCAGAACAUUUGAGUAUCUGUUUGUUUUGUGUGCAUCAGAGAGAUUUUGAUGCUGUAUGAAAACAUGCAUGCUGUUUUAUAUCUCUUGUAGCCACUUCUCUCACUUCCUCACUGUUAAGCCAUUCUCUCUCUCUUCUUUCCGUAUCUUCUUUAGAAAGUCUUAUCUUUAAACAAAGGCAUUAUCCGUAUUUGAUACUGGAUUUUAUUGCCACUGUUGGGUCCAAACCCUGUUUGAGCAGGAAACAAAGCCUUGUUGUAAACCAGUGAGUGGAAGGUGAGAUAGUGAUUGCAUUUUUCAAAGCAUUGUUUUUAGCUGAAUGGCACAACAAAUUAUCUUGGAGAGUUUAUUUUCUCACUUAAAAUGGCCUGGGAAACAGAAUUUUUAUUUGCCCUUAAAUAUGCUUAGCUUUAAACCAGUUUAAAAUAAUUUAAAAGUUUUUUUUUUUUAUACAAGACCAUAUUUACAUGCAAUUAUUAUUUGUAAACAUAAUGCCUUUCUUGAAAUGCUAAGGUCUAGAGAGUGAACAGGAUGCUUGAUAUUGAAAGACUCCAUUCAGGAUAGCACAAGCAGUGAAUUGACUUGGAAUUCAGGAAAAUAAAAUGUGUUUUAUUGAAUGUCCAAAUUUUCUAGUUAGCUUUUAAUGAAGUGACGAUUCCGUGUUGAUAAGGUAGAUGUUAUUGUGUAUUCCAGCUACCCAGAUCAUCAUUACACUAAAAUUAGCAAUAAGCUGUUUUAACCAAGUUUAAGGCAAAAUGCUUUCCAUUUGGGCACAACAGUACCUUCUCAGUUGAACUCCAUUUUCAUAACAGUGAUGCCUCGUGACUUGAAUUGUGAUUUUUUAAAUGUUUUUUUCUUAAACGCAAUCUUUAUUUUGAUAGCUCUGAUUCUAGGUCACUGGCCAGUGUGACUGACCACCAUUGGUCAGCUGCUGCAGACGAGUUUUUGGAAGGUUCAAGUUUUUAAAAUACGGAAUUGUGAAAAGGGUUGCAAUUUGAAAUACAAAAUGACGAAAAUGUUCACAUGCGACUUAAUGAAAACUACAUGAUGAUCUAGACUUUAUCAUUUCAAAGUGGGUUUUUUUUUCUUCUUAGAAUAUGCAUGCCAAAUGUCUUGUCUUUUUCAAUGAUUUGUAAUAUACAUUUUAUGACUGGAAACUUUUUGUACAACACACUCAAAUAAAUGUUUUGCAUUUUA